UGAAACAAGCUAUAAAAUAAAAAUUUAGCCAGGGGGAUCGUUGUAAAAAGAAGAGAAAGCUUCUUUUCAUACUCUACUAUAUAUCAUGCAUAGCCUAAAGUUGUCGACGCGAUUAGCACGAAAUUGUGCAAAGAAGACCCAGCCCCUUUUCCUCAGUGUAAUUAGAACCGGAAACCUUCAUUCUCUCAUUAUAUUUUACCGAGAUCUGGCUUAUACAUUAUUUUUGACGUGUAUGAUUUCGACAUUGCAUAUAGGCUCGAUUCGCUAGCUCUUUACCAAAACCUGUCAGUGAGAUCACUCACCCUGACAACCAGGCUCCCCAGGAAACUUUAAAGACUGUGGAACGAUACAACGAGUACACCAUGACAACAUACGGCCGACCCAACAUCAUUAUCUCGCGCGGCAAAGGCUGUCACUUGUACGACACCAACGACCGUGCCUACCUUGACUUCACUGCCGGUAUUGCCGUCUGCGCCUUGGGCCACGCUGAUCCCGAAGUUGCCCAAGUACUCUACGAGCAAGCCAAGACACUUGUUCACACCAGCAAUUUGUAUUAUAACGACAAGGCUGGCGAGCUUGCAGAAAAGAUUGUCACAACCACGCAACAAAGCGGCGGCAAGUGGGCCAGCAAGAUCUUUUUAGCCAAUUCCGGCACUGAGGCCAACGAAGGUGCGCUCAAAUUCGCACGCAAGUGGGGUAAGCAUGUUACUGGCAACGACAACACGACCAAGACUGGCAUCGUUUCAUUUGUCAAUGGUUUUCACGGCCGUUCCAUGGGUGCCCUGUCUGCGACCUACAAUCCCAAAUACCAAUUGCCCUUUGCUCCGCUCGUGCCUGGAUUCAAAACCACACCUUACAAUGACGUCGAGCAGGCCUUGAACAUAAUUAAUGACGAUACGUGUGGUGUGAUUGUGGAACCUUUCCAGGGUGAAGGAGGUGUCCAUCCAGCCACGACCGAAUUCUUAGAAGCUUUGCGCAAGCGUUGUGACGAGACCGGUGCUUUGCUGAUCUUUGAUGAAAUCCAAUGUGGUUUGGGCCGUACCGGUAAACUCUGGGGUCACGAACACCAUAGCGACAUUUGCAAGCCAGAUCUUUUGACGAUGGCCAAGCCGCUGGCUAACGGCGUCCCCAUCGGUGCAGUCUUGACAAGCGCGAAAGUCUCGGAAAUGAUCAAGCCUGGUGAUCAUGGCACCACUUUUGGCGGUAACCCCUUAGCUGCUGGUGUUGCAUUGAAUGUGUUUGGCCGUCUGAGCGAGCCUAGCUUCCUCAAGUCGGUUACUGAAAAGGGCAAUGCAAUGAAGGAGGAUUUGAAUGCCUUAAAGGACGCAUACCCUGAUGUCGUCAAGGCCGUCCGUGGUGAAGGUCUCUUGUUGGGUAUCGAGCUGGUCAAGGAUCCCUCACCUAUCGUUAAGAUGGCUCGUGAACGUGGCUUGCUGGUCGUCACUGCUGGUUCCAACACCGUCCGCAUUGUGCCCCCACUCACCUUGACCAAGGAAGAGGCCCGUGAAGGCAUUGCUCGCUUGGCCGGUGCCAUUGAGGAAUUCAAGACUACUUUGUAAAUAAAUUCAUUAAAAAAAAGAGGCCAUAAUAGAAUAUAUAUUUCUGUAAUCAACAAGUGCCUGUCGGCAUAAAAACAAAUCUGUGGGAAGGCGCUUUCUUGUGGUCCGUGUAACCGUGAUUAUCAUGCCCUUGUUUUUUUCACACAUGAAUGGACGCAAAGGGGUUGGGUAAGCCAGUUAGUUUUCCGUUGCGUUUUGAUAAGCGUGUGGACGAUAAUGACCUCCACCGGUGAUUCUCACCCACUGGCGAUCACCUCUUGGCAUCUUCCGCACCUGAUCGAUUCACUACCGUAUGACAUUCGUUGCGAAAUCUUCUCCAACCUCUC